AUGGUUCUCGGAAAUCAUCUUCUCUCGAUAUCCUGCUGGCCAGUUGAUCUAGACAUUCUAUCGCACAGACUUGAUUUCGCGAAAAGAUUAGCAAAAUGAGUAUAGGAUCCCUAAUCCCGCAACUAGCGGGCCUCUCCUACAACCCGCCGAACUCUCGUGCGCCGGGUCUUGGGGGGCAGAACUUCACGCACUGCUGCCUCCUCGCGCUCAAAGACUCGCUAACCGUCCGCCCCGACGGAAACCUCUCAUACUCAACGACGUCGUUCGUCGCGCCCGGAGUCUCGCUCAGCUCCCUCGAAACCGCGAUCCACGGCGACGAGUUCCCGUGCGGCGCAGCCUGGAACGGUGACACGGCGGGGGCUCCCGUCGUACAGGUGCCGUACCACUGGUGCGAGAACCGGUGUCCCGGGUGGGAGAUCUCGCACUCGUCCGUCAUGCAGCAGUGGGUCGGCCCACUGGUCCAGUUCAUCGUCCCGAGUCUCGCUUUCUGCACGAACGUCCCGCGGACCCAUAAGUUGGCGAUCCCUGAGAUCGUGUUCAAGGCCCACCCAAGGACAAUCGUCGGGCUCAUGACGUAUUGGAUUAGGUUGCUGGGCGCUGUCGUGCUUAUGACGCUAGACACGGUCGUUUGGCUUGCGAUUUGCUUCGCGUUUGCGGGACCUAUGUUGCUUAGUGCGAUGUAUGAGUAUGCGCUGGAUCGGAAGGUGUUGGAGUUUUUGGCGCCGAAUGGGGAAGUACCGAAUAUUCCGCCGCGCAUGAGAGCUCAGUUGCUCCUGGCUGUUGUUGUGGGGAAUAUUCGCAUGGCUACGCUUGAGAAUGAGGAGUUUGGGGGUGAGAGUCGUCAUCACAGCGCUGUUUCGACUGAUUUGGAGGGGAAAAUCCCGAUAGCUCCGAGUCGGACGAUGAGUAGGUUGGUGCAUAAUAGCGUCUGGAAGAGGGUCAUGGUGAUGGUUGACGAGCACGAGGCGUUGAAGUUGGCGUGCCGAGCUAACGAGGCGGUUGUGACUCUGCCGACUAAACUGAAGGCCCUCCUCAACGCGCAGGCGAGCUUCGGAUCGACAGUUGGAGCGCCGGUCUUAUUUUUCCUCGGAAGUUUCGUCUAUACCGUCUUAGACUCGGAUAAUAAUCUGGGGGAUAAUGACACUGCGCAUGCUCUAGCUUUUGGAUUGUGGUGGAUGGUGAUUCCUUACCUCGCUAUAAUUUCCUGCGCGAUGUUAGCAUCCAACAGUCCCAGUACACUCGACGGUAUCGUAUACGACGGCGGUAUCACCGCCCCAAAAGACGAAUACGCCGAAGGCAUCUGGAAGCAAUAUCUCAAAAAGGCCAAGAACUACAGCGGGAUCGGUUUCAUGAUACGGCAGAUCGAAGGCUACAACCCAGUCGAAACGGCAUUCGAGGGCCGGUUUCGAACCGUUAAGCUCUGGAAGCGCGGUUUGAACAAGCGUGAAUGGGUUCAGGAGGCCAUUGGCGAAUACAUCGCUUCCUCGGCAUACCGCAGAGACAACCGUAUCCAGCCCGACGAUUUACGCAAGUCCCUUACGCUGAACCCGCAAGACUGUCUCUACGUCUUCAUCAGUGCCCUUUUCGCGGUGCUGGUUCCCUGCGUCCUCGCGUUCCUGACGUCGUAUAAUACGCCACAAGCUGGACUCUCGUGUCGCAGUAUGACGUAUCUCGUCUACGCCAUAAGCCAAGUAUGCGAGAUGGCGUUGUGGACGUGCGCUGCGAGGUUAAGGAUACGGUACGGUACGAGGUGGUCCGAGACGAAUCCCACGGUGAAAAGAGUAUGUUGGUGGGGACAAGUGUUCGUGGGGUUCUUCUCGAUAUUCGCGGCGGUGGGAGGCACAUCUAUGCAGCUUUUAGGCGUGUAUCGCAGCUGCGCUUGUAAGGUACCUGUGAGGUAUUGGCCACGACUGAACGACCCGAAUGCGUAUAUCGUGCUCAGCGACAACACUGCAGAAGAUAUCGAGGCUGCUCGACGCUGGUGGACGGUUACGGGGAGUACGGCUGUGGGCAUUAUCGGGUUCGUUUGCGCGCUUGCAUGGUGGCAUCAGCGGCGGCUCCGAAAGGUGUUUCGAGAUGUAGCGGAAAAAUUGGAUGGCGAUGAAGUGAUGAAUGAGCCUAUGAUGCAACGUCCAAGGUGGUGAAUUCCCUGCGUUUUACUAAUGGCUUUUUGUAGUCACAUUUAGUCCGCUAUCCUGAGAAGUCAACACAAUUUUCUUCAAAUUUCAAUAAAUCAUAAUCCACCGUUCCAUUCGCAAGGCC